CUGACCAUUCUCGCAUCCGACCGAAUCCAAACCACAGCCCCAGCCCCGGGGAAGGAAAUUUUCCUUCCCAGCCCCAGCCCCGGGCGCCGGGCCUCCCUUCCAUUCCAUUCCCCGUCCGUGCGGCGCCGUGGCCUUACCUUCGCCGCUCGUCGGCCGCCUCCGCCUCCACCGUUUGUUCGGAUCGUUCGGGAAUUUGUAAUCCCCCCCCCCCCCCUCUCUCUCUGUGCGCGCGUGCGUGAUGAUGGUGGAGUGAGAAGAGAGGCUUGCUCGUCUGCGACUGGACCACGGAAGCGAGGGAUGCAUGUUCUUAUAAGAGUACUCUUCUUAUAAUUACGAUCAUUUACCUGCCUUGGUGAAUGUGAUGUGGUGUGUUUCGUAGGUUUUGCCCAGUUGUCUUCAAUUCUAUCCUAGGGUGGGUAGUGUGACGAGCAAAUCAGGAAGGUGCUUGACUGCUUGUUCUGUUGGCGUGCCAUCUGGUGUAUUGCUCUGUCGAACCUAGUCUUGUGCUCGGAUUCUGUGUUAUUAUUUUCUUUGUAUGGUCCACUGCUUCGGAGCCCCUACCCCUUCAUUAUUUCUGAUAGCCAAUCUGAUGGGGUAUGAGGAGAGCAAAAAACAUCUCCUCAGACUUAGUUACCAGGAGCUCCAAUCUUUGUGCAAAAGGUAUAAACUCCCCGCAAACAAGACUCACACUCAGCUAGCAAGCUCGCUCGCCUUGCUGCUUGAGGCAUCUCUUGCUACCUCUUCUACCCUGUUAACAAGUGUCAAAGAAGCAUCCACAUGCAGCCAGAUUAACCAUAAAAGAAGCCCAUGUAGUGGCAGAGAUGAUGAUAGGCCACUUGUGCAUGCAAAACAUAAAAAAGGACCUCAAACAGCAGUUGAUGAAACAUCGAAAAGGGGGAUUGAUACCAGUACUAGUAUAUCUCCAGUUUCUAUCAACUAUGGAAGACCAUACUGUCAUGGUCGUUCAUCUUCUGAACCAGGGAAUGCUCAUAAUAUACAAUCUCAAAGUGCUGAUGGUAUUGCAAAUAAGUCAACAAAUCCAGAACUUGCUAAUGAACAUCAUGGUCCACCUGCUAACAUUAUUGAUCAAACUUCAGCCCCUAUUAUCCAUAAAUGUCCUGUAAAUGAUAAUGGUCUGGUCUCCACUCCUCUCAGAAAUACAGAAGAUGCCAUAGAUAAGGGUUCUGGAACAUCUGAUAUGAUAUCAGAAAAUGCUACUCCUGUUCAAUUUUUUGUAAUGUCAGAUGAGGGUAUCAACCUUGUUGUUGAUCUGGACUCCACUCCCUCAACUUGGGCCAAGAACAUCAAGGCAGAAGUGUGCAUUCCCCCUCAUUGUGAACCUGGGAAUUCCUCCAGCUUUAUUAGCAGCUUGGUAAGUAAGGAUAAUCAUAUCACUAUCUCGCCAUCUGGGGAUAUCAUUGUAGACAUACAAAGCAAGGGAGCUGAGAGCAUCGCUCCUUCCACUAACUCAUCACUUGGUUUAGACGUUGGUGAUAAUUCUCGCUCAGAGCCUUAUCUAGCUGAUACAACAACUGUAAACUCAGUGUCAUCUGCAUCCACAUUGCCUAGUACUUCAAUUGUACUUUAUGGAUAUCAGGAGGGAGCUCCAGUGGUAUCUUCACCAUGUUUAACAGCUGACAUUCAGAACAAUAUGACAUCUGAUAUGAUAGCUGGUGCUUUGGAUAAUGAAGUGGUUCCUCCAGAAUCUGCUGUUGUCUUCAUGCGGUCCGAAAGAAUCACUGCAUCCCUGGUUGAUGCUUCUGUACAACCAACUGGACAUAAAGACACGAUGAGUCCCGGAAAAACCAAAGUUUCUGGCAAGAUUGGUUGUACUAAAAAUGUUUCAGUUGCUGAUACUGACAGUCUUUCUGCCUUUUCCUCGGGGGAUGUCAUUAGAAGUGCCUCCAAUGAGGACUCCUGUCCAAAAUCUGAUGGAAAACAAACUGUAGAUAUUCCUGGAGGAGCUCAACUUGCUCACUAUGGUGAUACUCAUGAAGUCCGAAUGGAACCAAUGGAGGCAGCAGCAUUGAAAAAGGAUACAGGUGUUGGUGACAGGUUGUCAAUUUCUUGUCAAUUAGCCAGGCAGACGGUAGCAAAAGUGCCAGUUGCAGAUGCCCAAUCAGAUGCUAGUUUGGCGGAUUAUUGUAUUGCCAGGAAUUUUGACCUCACAAACCCAACAUCACCAUCUGCUGCUUCGGACAAUGCUAUUGACCCCCUGACUUCAAAGCGCGGUGCAGAGUCAGCCCAAAGUCAUGACUCUGCUGACAAAAAUAGAGUGUGUGAUCCUGAGGAGCUUGAGUUAGAGGGUAAGACGCCACCAGCAUAUGGUGAGCCUCCCAGAAAUAUAGUACUUAGCUUAAGAAGUGCUUCUGCUAGACAGACCAAGCCUUCUACAUUACGGAGACGGUCAGCAAGGCUUGUUCCAAAGUAACCACUCUAAAUGAUACAGAUGCGGCCCAUUGCGAGCGGAGCUUAACUACCGUCUUAGUCAGAUUCCAUGAGGCUGAAUGGGCAGAAUACAGUUGUUAGCCAAUUGAGUAGCUUGGUUUCAAACUUGUCUGUUCGGGUUAAUUCUUUCUUCCUAGCCAAUUGAGUAGCUUGGUUUCCAGAGCUUAGCACUGCCAGAUGUUUUUUCCUCCUGUUCUACAACAUCUGUUAUAGUUGAUGUAAUGUCUAGUUUUCAUACACCAGUGUACAAACGAGGCAUAAUUUUACAGAAAUUCUGUACUGUCACAGCUGUUGGUUUGCAACUUUCCCUGGAUGAUGUCGUAUGUUUUACGUCAGUGCAAUGUAACUAUUCGUGCAGGAGUAAGCUUGUCUUGCCUGGUA